UCCCAGCGGUGCAGUCACCAGUGGUCCCCAAACGGUCCAGUGGUUCAGUUCCAUUGAUACUCGAGCUUCAGAACCAUAAACGAACCAAAGUUACCUUUGUAUCCACCACAACGACCUAACCUUCUAUCUCUCCUCACCGAUACUUUUUUAUUUUUUCCUUUUUCCUCAUUUACCUUUUUACUCCUUCUCCUAAAACAUCACUUCCUCGUUUGGCCUGGAGUCAAUAAACCUAACUCCCCCUUGAAUCAGCUUCGACGAUAAAAGAAGAAAAAAAAGACUCGGGAAACUUCUUGCUUUAAUACCAACUAAGAUAUAUCGCACUACGGACUAACACCAUGGACGAGAUCGCAAAGGAGUACGAUGUUAUCGUCUUGGGCACCGGUUUAACCGAGUGUAUUCUCUCUGGUGUGCUGAGUGUGAAGGGCAAGAAGGUCUUGCACAUCGAUCGCAAUGAUCACUACGGAGGUGAAGCUGCAUCCGUAAACCUCGAGACGCUAUUCAAGAAGUAUGGCAACUUCGCAGCAGGCGAGGAGCCAUGGAAGAAGUACGGUCGACCUAACGACUGGAACAUCGACCUGGUCCCCAAGUUCCUCAUGUCGUCCGGAGAGCUGACCAACAUCCUUGUCUCUACCGACGUCACCCGCUACCUCGAGUUUAAGCAGGUCGCAGGCAGCUUCGUCCAGCAGGGUGCCGGAUCAAAGGCCACCGUUGCCAAGGUCCCCUCCGAUGCUGCUGAGGCCUUGCGCUCUCCCCUGAUGGGCAUCUUCGAGAAGCGACGGAUGAAGAGCUUCAUAGAAUGGAUCGGUACCUUCGAUCCGAAGGAUCCCGCCACGCAUAAGGGUCUUGACAUGAGCACGUGCACGAUGAAGGAAAUUUACGACAAGUUCGGUCUAGAGCCCAGCACUCGCGACUUCGUCGGCCACGCUAUGGCUCUUUACCUGAACGACGACUACAGCGAGGAAGCCGGCAAGGCCCCCGAAGCUAUCGAGCGUAUUAGGAUGUACGGUAACUCGGUAGCGAGGUAUGGCAAGUCGCCUUACAUCUACCCUCUGUACGGUCUCGGCGAGCUGCCCCAGGGUUUCGCGCGGUUAUCUGCUAUCUACGGUGGUACUUACAUGCUCAACACCUCGGUCGACGAGGUUGUAUACGAGGGUGGCAAGGCGACGGGUAUCAAGGCUACCAUGACUGGUAUCGAGCCCGAGAUGAAGUUUGAGACCAAGGCCAAGCUGAUCCUUGGUGACCCUUCGUACUUCCCCGAGAAGGUCAAGGUUGUCGGCCACGUGCUGAAGGCUAUCUGCGUCCUGAAGCACCCCUUGGCUGGCACCAGCGACAACGAUUCUUGCCAAAUAAUUAUUCCUCAGUCUCAGGUUGGCCGCAAGAACGAUAUCUACAUUGCCUGCGUCUCGUCGGCACAUAACGUGUGCCCCAAGGGUUACUACAUCGCCAUCGUUUCUACCAUUGCCGAGACCACUUCCAACCACCACCUCGAGCUACAACCCGGUCUAGAGCGCCUCGGCCAGAUCGAAGAGCAAUUCAUGGGUCCCCCCAUCCCUCUCUACGAGCCUCUCGAGGACGGCACCAAGGACAACGUCUUCAUCUCCAAGAGCUACGACGCGACAUCGCACUUCGAGACGACCACGGACGACGUCAAGGACAUCUACGCGCGUGCCACGGGCGAGGAACUCAAGGUGGAAGGCCUCAGGGACCUGCAGGUCACCGAGGAGUAGAGUGUUAGGUGAUAGCUACCUAGUAAUUAAGUAAAGGGGGGGGUUGGUUGGCAGGCAGGAAUGUUUGCUUUGAUUGGUAAUACUUGAUGAUGAAAUAGGAAGAGGAGAGAGAAGACGCUGGCUGGUAUAGGUAGCAAGCAAGCAAGGCGCGCAAAAUGUGUAUCUUCCAGAGCUUUUUGUGGCUGUGGCUAGAAUAAACCGGACCAGAUGAAGGGAUAUUUACAUUACAUGACACAUACACAUUCACCCACGCUCAUACAUAGUACAGAGUAUAUACGGUACCCAAGUAUAUGCGUAGGAGAGGCUUCGCGUGUAGGGUUUAAGAGAUAAUGUGUAGUUUUUAUUUUGCUGCUUCUUGUUUUAGGUUAGGUAGUUAUUUGGUUUCGAAACUUUGAAAGAAAAGGAGAUAUGGAAUGUAAUAAGUAAUAGUUCAUAUUAAUUGUAGUUGUAAUAGUUGGUGCAAGUUGACAGACUUAAGACCUCUAGUACCUGAAAGUCUGG